GAGAGAGAGAGAGAGAGAGAGAUCAUUUUUUCCCUUUCAAGUUAUCUCUCAUCCUUCUCCUCGUCUUUAUCUAAACUCUCUCUACUUUUGUUUUUAUUUCGAGCGCGUCAGGAAGGUCUUAACGGCCCGUAUCGAUGGCCCGUAUCGACCUCCCCCAACACGGCAGGGAGAGAGAGGAGAGAUCUGAGCUGGAAACCUUAACAUGCACUGAGGAGCCUGAAGCCUGGACAUGUGCUCAAUGGGCCAAUCAGGGCUCAACCUGCCGGACUCAUGCAAGUAGAGCGCUGAACUAUCGUGUUGGAAUUCGUCGGAAAAGGUUCAUAAUGGUUAUGCGCUCUAUACGAUUGCGUACACGCCCACAUCGGUAAUUUCUGCAAAACGUGCUUUGUUGCUCUGAGUCCUUGACACAUCCUCAUCAUGAAUAUGUAUUGAACACUUGAUUCAAGGUCCAUCAUUGGCCCCAUUGCAGGUAAAAACAUUUACCAGAAUGUCAAGUCAUAACUCAUGGGUUGAAACUUGUUGGCGGUAGCUGUUUCCAUGCUGUGCCAGCUGUGUGUGAGUGAGUGUGUGUCAGUGCCUCACAACGCCAAGGGCUACUAGAGAAGAGGAACUGAACUGUGGAGUCCAUCCUCCUGACCUGACGAAGGCCGCCUCCUCAUACCUGUGCCCCCGCAUCUCUGGGAUCCUCAGAGUCCAUCGUCUUAUGCGGCCGCUGCUGUCCUCUCCUCCUCCUCUGGCUGAGACCACCCUUCACCCACCCUCAGCUGCCCCUCAUGCCCAGGGCGCAGGCAGGGUUCCACCAUCACUCCUAGUCCUGCCUGCGUACGGUUGAGUGUUUGGGCGCACAAUGGCGACCAAGCUGCGCAUCGGGUUCUAUAUCCUGGCGGCAAGCUGCCUGCCCUUCCUCUACAUCCUGUGUGUGAGCCUUGAGAUUUGGGCGUCUGGCAGCAUGACAGGAGAUCGCCUGGGGCUCUCUUGGCUCAGCGAAAGUGUCUUUGGCCGCGACCCCCCGCCCGCUGAAGCAAUGAUGUCUUUCGAGGAACAGUUCAUUGGAGAUACGUACGGCCGAGAGGACAUCCCACCACAGAGCACCUGCCCUGACGCCCUCACCAGGAAGUGGUCGUCCACCGGCUUUAAUGGAAGUUUUCUGGCGACCAUUCCGGUUCUCCAGUGGGCCAAGGACGUCAAUCUCCAACAGUACCAGCGCCUGAAGCAGUAUGGCGGUACCUACGGAUGGGCAUCGAUGGACUAUGAGACACUGAACGCCACGCUCUCCGUCCUCAACCGGACGGCCAACCACCAGAUGUUUGACGACUGGCAACUCCGUCGGAAGGGCUCGCAGUGCGUCCGCUGCGCCGUGGUGGGCAACGGGGGGAUCCUGAAUGGUUCCGGCAAGGGCCGGGAGAUCGACAGCCAUCACUACGUGUUCAGGACGAACGGAGCUGUCCUAAAUGGUUUCCAGAAGGACGUGGGCACACGCACCACCCACUACACCUUCUCCACCAACACCUUCAAGAACUCCAUGAUGAGCUACCGUAAACAGGGCUACAGUGGACCACCGCUGUCCGAGGAGACGCGCUACGUCUUCCUUCCAGACCACGACCGUGACUACCUGCUGGUGAAAGCUGUUGCCACGCACACACCGGUGGAGCGAGGCCGGGAUAAAACCAAAACUCCACCGACGUACUUUGGAGAGGAUGCGACGGCGGAGAAGCUGAAGAUGUAUCACCCAGACUUUGUCCGCUACCUCAGGAACAGGUUCUUUCAAUCCCACGCACAGAAGAAAGGAUACAAGAGAAUCUACCGUCCAUCGACAGGCUCUGUGAUGCUGUUGGCGGCUCUGCACACCUGCGACCAGGUCAGCGCCUAUGGCUUCAUGACGUCCGACUAUAAGAAGUACCCGAACCACUACUAUGACAAAACCCUGAGCAAAGUGAGAUUCUUUGCCAACCAUGACUAUGGCUCGGAGCUGGGGCUGUGGCAGCAGCUGCACAAGGAUGGCCUCAUACGGCUGUACAUGCGAUCGUGAUCCAUGGGGACAUUCCGGCCAGCGGCACAUGGCCUUCAUAGCACUGGGACGAGGUGGUCAUUUGGUGGCAGGAAAACCUAAUGCAAUUUUUAUUUUAUUUUAAUAUUCUGACAAACCGUCUUAUCAGCUGCUACACUGCCUUGACUCUUAACGGAUUGUAUUUCCCUCUCAAAGCUUGUUUAACAUAUGUAUUUGGUGAAGGGCUCGGUGUGUACGGGAUAAUAGUUGUGUUGGUUUAAUUUUAAGUUAAAAGGUCAAAAUUAAGAUUUGAUAGAAACCACAUGGUGGUUGAUCGCUCUAGUGCCUUGAAACUCCAACCUAAGGGUCUGUCUUUUAAGAAACUUAAAUUAUUAAAUUAUUAGUUUUAACGCAAGUUCAUUGUUGUAUAGUCUACGAUGCACACUGUAUUUUAAAAACAUUAUUGUAAAAAGUUGCAAAAGACUCUGAGGAUCAUCACUGUCAAGUUCCAAACCUAAGCGUCUUUCAUUCAACCUCUUAAACUCGAGGUUCCCCAGAUUUGGGAAGACCGUGAUCACUCUCGCAGAAAAAGGCAUACAACACUGCCCUUAUUAUGUAGAAAUAUCAAAUUAAACAUGAGAAACUCUGCUACAAGCACAUAUAAGUAAUUUUUGCAAACACCAAACCUGACCUGCCGAAGAAGAAUCAGGGAAGAUCUUUUUUAUAUUGUUGAAGGACUUUCUGGUGUUGAAUCAAUGGGUGAUUGAAGGGAUACUUAGACUAGCAUUGAGCACUUUCUUAACGUGAUUUUUCAAGCAAAAGAGAAACCUCAAACCUGUUGGGUUAACAGUUUAUUUCUCUCCACGUAUUGUCUGGUAAUCCUGUUUUUGUUUGGUUUGAAGAACCAAAGGAUAGCUUUGAGCACUAGGGAAGCUUAAAAAAAUGGUGCCAGAGUUAGCAAAAAAGCUAAUUUUCAUUCCUUUGGCAGAUCAAUCACAUUACAUUAAUAAGGAAAAAAUACAAGAAUGAUAUAAAGCAAUAAAGAAGAAUUUCAGUGCCAAAUAUAUAUGAUUUUACAGAUGCCAUGAUAGAAGUCAAGUCAAUAUCUUUCUCUCUGUCGCGUGGAAACACCCGCCUGCAACUUAGAAUACAUUCACUGAUGUUCGACUGUGUUGAUGUUGUUGAUGCUGUUUUCUUGAAGCACUAACCCUAACCCUACUAUUGACACCUUUUGGCGGGAAUAAAUCUUUGCAUAUUUUUGUGAUAAAGUCUGCCCCUAUCUAA